AGUACACACAAAAAAAUUUUAAGAAACAGAAGAGAAGAAAAAUAACCUGAGACGCUGAUAAAUAUAAGUUUUAGUGUUAUGCUGCUUCCUACUUAACAGCGCAACAUUACUUAAGAAAAAAAGUUUGUGGGAGCAUUUUCUUUAUGGCUACAUCAGGAGGUCUCUGAAAAAAGAAGCAUGUCAGGAAACUCAGGAUGCCCCUUUUUUCUCUGGGGACUUCUAGCCUUCUUGGGUUUGGCUCUGGUUAUUUCGCUGAUCUUCAAUAUUUCCCACUAUAUAGAAAAGCAACGACAAGAUAAAAUGUACAGAUACUCUGAUGACUACAUUCCCAGGAUUGAUGAAUAUUAUACUGAAGACACACCAAUCUAUGGUAAUUUAGAUAAUAUAAUCCCAGAAGCAAUGGAUGAAAAUUGCUAUGAACAAAUGAAAGCCCGACCAGACAGAUCUGUAAAUGACAUGCAAGAAGCUGCUCCAUCUGCACAUGUGCCUGCUGAAGCACAAAUGUGCUACGCCUCACUUGAUCACAGCUUCAAGGGGAAGCGCAGGAAGCCCAAGAAACAGAAUGCUCACUUGUCAGAGGAGAAAGACAAGCAAUUACAUGCAAUGGAUGCCAGCAUUUCUAAGAACAACUUGGUAGAGAGUGUCUCACCAGAAAGUCAGGAAAUAGAGGAAAACAUUCAUGAUGACCCCAUCCGACUGUUUGGUCUGAUUCGUGCCAAGAGAGAACCUAUAAAUCAGGCAGACUAUGAUCUAAGUCAAUGAUAAUGCUCCUGUUGGAGAUGAUUUUUGAGCAAACAAGAUCUCACGUAGCACUGAAUGACCUUUUAGAGUGACAGUCUGAUCCUUUGUUGAAGGGAUGGUGGCUUACCUCUUAUUCAGAGACUACAUCCAUAUGCACUAAAUGUAGGUAGUGCUAUUAAAAUUAGUGAUAUGUCCAUUUGUAUAUAAUAUGUCAAAAUGCACUCUAUUGUCGUGUACAUCUAAAAAGAACAAAUAAAAAGAGAGAAAAAAAUAAAGUACAAAUGUAAAAAAAAGUGAAAUGAAUUCACCUAAAAAUUGCCUAAGUAGUAAAAGUAAAGCAAAAUCCAGCUUUCAAAUUAAGCCUGGUAACAAAGUCAAAACUCUACAAAAAUACCUAAUACAGAAAUAAACAAAAAAAGUUUUAAAGCAAAAUGUGUUCUGGAACAUGUUAAAAGAACAAUAAAAACCAAUAACUAAAAAGCAAAACUUUUUCCUCUUUCACCUGUAAUUAGAAGAAAUUUCUGAUUGAAAGGUGUAGAAGAAAUAUUAAAAUACAUAUGUAAGAGAGGUGGGAUAAUCUUAAGAGGUAUUUUUCCCAAAUGGAAAUAGCUUCAUAAGUUUAACAAUUAUUGUAAAAUUAAUUCAUAUUUCUUGCAACAAUAAACUAAUAUCAAAAGGAAUUUAGAAAUUCCACUAGUCAGAGAAAAUUACCAUAAAUAACUAUGUAUCCUUCUAAAUAUUUUACUAUGUGCAUACCCAUGAACACUCAUCACUUUCUUAUUUCUUACUAAAAAAAAAAAAAAAAAAAAAAAGAAAAGGGGAUUAUUUUAUAUAUAUUAUUUAAACUUUCUUCAUUUAAGGAUAUGUUAUGGAUUUAUUUACACUGUUAUAUUUAACUAUAUCAAAAUACAGUUAUAAACCAUAAUUUUAAUGUCUGCAGGGUAUCCCAUUGAUGAUUAAAUCAAAAUUCAUUUAAAUAUUUUGAAGGAUAUUUAGCUUAUUGCUAAUUUCCAGCUUUUUUCUUGUACAAAUUACAUUGGAAUGGGAAACUUCUCUACAUGUCUGGGUACUUGUCUAGUUUCUUCUUUAGAUCAAAUGUCCACAGAAGAAUUGCUUUAUUAAAAAGGUGUUCAUAUCUCUGUAAGAUAGAUUUCUGAAGCAUCAAGUGUUGGGUCAAAAUAUGCAUGCCAUUUAAAUUCUGAAAAAUACUCCUAAAUUGCUCUCCAUAAAGUUUUUUAAAAAACAAAAACCUCCUGUUAUCUUUCCCCAUUGAGGAGGGUGAAUUUAACAGGUUUAUAAUAAACAACUUGAACUUAUCCCAGUCUACAUGCAAAUGAUAUGCCACUUGGUAUAGAACUUAAAAACAAUAUACUUCUAUUUCUUUCUUUCUGGCCAAGUAUUAUAGAUUUUAUAUUUUACAGAUUUUUAUUUUUACUCUAUAUGAUCAAUUAUCUUCUUAAAAGAGUAUAAUAAUAAAAAGUGUUUUCAUACUUAUCCAUGCUAUUUGAAUUUCUGUAACUCUCCAGUCCUUUUUAUAGAUUCAGGACUCUGUUUAGUAUCAGUAUCUUUCAACUUUAAGGACUAUUUAUUGAUUUCUUUAUUUUAUUGGUGCAUUACAAUUAUUCAUAACAGUGGGAUUCAUUAUGCAGAUUUGUCUGUGCACAUAGCAUAAUUUGAUCAAACGUAUUUAUUGUAUAUCAGGUCAACUGGUGAUGAUCCCCCAACUUUUGUGUAUCUGAAAAAGUAUUUGUUUUCAUUUUGAUAUUUUCUCUGGGUUAAAAAAAAAAGAAAAAAUUCAAGUUUUGGAUGAUGAUGUUUCUUUUAGUGAUCUGCAGACGAUGCUCUACUCUCUUCUCACUUGCAUUGUUUCCAAUGUAAAAUCUACUGUCAUACUUGUCUCUGCCUCUCUGUGUUUUAUGCACUGUUUAUCUGUGUUUGUUUUAAGAUUUUCCUUAUCACUGGUUCUAAUUUGAUUAUAUUGUGCCUUUUUUUUCUUAAGGAAUUGGGUGAGAAUCUUCAAUCUGUGUGUUUACAAUUUACAUCAAACUAAGAAAAAAGUGACAGGUGGUUCUUGAAAUAAUUUUUCUGUAUCCAUCUUCCCUUUCCAUCCCACAUUUCACAUUUUACUUUAUUUUAGCCUUUUUUAUAGUUUUGGAUGGCUCUGAGAUAAUUUAGUUUUCAUCUUUGUAAACUCAGUUUGGGACUCCCCGCUUUCAAAAGUCUCUAUCAAAAAUGCUUAAUCUUUCCUCUAACUUCUUAAAUACAUGAGAUAGUUAUAAUAACUGUUUUAAUCUUUUUAUAUAUGAAUCCUACCAUUUCUGUCA